CCAUGAUGGUUUUAUACACAGUCCAAAAUAUGUAGGUUGUAAACAAAUAGGACUAAAAUAAUAAGGAAAGACAGUAUACAAUCAUAAUCCUUUGAAGUUUAUUGAAACACUGAAUGAUCAAAACUUAUAAAUAAAAUUUGUGCUAGAUCAUACAUAUUAGUCAGGAAAUGUGACAUAAUUAUUUAUUGGAAUGUGUAUUUUCCUAUUUCUCAAUCCGAAAACAAAAAAAUCAAACAAUAAGUUGUGCAAUAACAUCAAGAAUUUUGGUGUUGAACUCAAAAGAUUAAAUUGAACAGUGUUAAGCCAGAAUGUCAGCAUCGUGGGUGGGAAGUGUUGUAUCUAUUGACUGUGGGGAUGUCUUGGGGACCUACCAAGGUUACGUGAAAGAUGUAAAUGGCGCUGAACAGACUCUCUCAAUCUCCAGAGCAUAUCGCAAUGGGUUGACCUGUAAGCUGCCUGUGAUAACACUCAACGCAUGUGACAUCAAAGACUUAAAGAUCUUGAAGUCGCCAGAAGAGGCUAAGAGAAUGCCACAGAUACCAGAUACACCAGAGAAGAGUCACACAGAACUACUACAGAAGGAAAACAAGCGUAGGACACCUACAUGCAACCGCAGGAUCAACAAUGCAACACCUCCUCAAGGACGUACCGCAACAUCCCCAAGAGGAGGACGAAUUGCGGCUAAUGUUAUGCAUAUGAAUGGAGGGACUAAUAGUCAUACAGGAACUCCAUCUAAACCCAAAGAGGAAGCAGGUUUUCGAAGAAGGACCAACUCAGGUGAUAAAUUGAAUAAACGAAAUGAAAGGGGAAAUAUGCAAGAAUCCAGUACAUCCCAUGUGAAUGGUCACAGAGAGACUGCACAACAGAGACGCACAGGCUCACAGCCGAGAAAAAUACAAACCCUCAAACAGCCAGGAAAAUCAGAUUGCUUUAGUGCCCCUAUGGACUCUUUCCUUGAUGAUUUUGACUUUGAGAAAAACUUGGCAUUAUUUGAUAAGCAAGCAGUAUUUGAAGAAAUAGAGAAUUCCUGUAGCGGGAAUGAAAUGAACGCACCUCCUGUGAAAUAUCGCUGCGAUGAGAAUGUGCUUAAGUCAGGCCCUACUGUGUUCAGACAGAUCCAGCUACCGGAAGGGGAUGCCCCAGAAUAUGUAACUGAUAGUGGUUUAGUGGUGCCAUGUAUGAGCUAUGAGCUGAGGAGUCGAUUGUUUGCCACAGCAGAAAAACUGGGUUUCUCCUUGCAGAGACAGACAGAGAUGGUGGGGAGGUCAGCCUGUGAGAUGGUUAUGACGCUACUGGGAGGGGGUAGCAGACUGAACCCACAGAACUCCCAUCAGAAGCCUAGUGUCGUUGUGUUAUGUGGACCACAUAGACAGGGUGCGCAGGCUGUGAACUGUGCCAGACAGCUUGCCAAUCAUAAUGUACAAGUGACUCUGUUUGUGCCCAACUUUAUUAAGAUGAUAAAGGAAUUAACAGAGGAGAUUCAGCUUUUUGAACUCACUGGAGGCAAAAGAGCUAGUAAAAUUAAUGAACUUCCCAAAAAGCCAGUUGACAUUAUAAUAAAUGCUAUGGAUACUCAUGACAACUCCAAUAUGAAAGUCCAGACCUGGUACACGAGCGUGGUGGAAUGGACCAAUCAGAGUAAGGCUCAAGUUAUCGCUAUAGACCCACCAGUAGAGGGCAGCACAAUAGGCACAAAAUGGUCGCUAAGUUUGGCGAUGCCAUUGAAUCUGAGCGAGAAAUGUGGUCAGAUUUAUUUAUGUGACAUUGGCCUUCCUAAGAAAGUGUUCAAGGAAGUAGGGGUCAAGUACCUAUCUCCAUUUGGACACAAGUUUCUCAUUCCUUUACACAAACCACAAUCGUGAAUCUUUGAUUGAAUUCUAUUCUACAGGUUGAUUUUUUUCUGGAGAGACCCCUUAGACUAAUGCUGUAGCCUAGAGGACAAAUUCAUGGAGACUCCUUAGACUAAUGCUCUAGCCUAAUGGCAAAAUUUAUGAAUUCUUUGAAAUUGUAAUUUAAGAUUCGAAUAUGUUUUAUCAUUGUAUAGGUUCUAUUAUUUAAAUGAAGGUCUUGUUUAAUGGUGCUCAAGAAAAUUAUAACUAGAAAUAUGAACUGAUCUUAAAUGACUGCUGAUAUGCAAAGAUAUUGCUUUUU